AUGGCACACCCCGACCUUACAUCGCAUCACGUCAACUACUUAAUAUGGCGGUAUCUUCAAGAAGCAGGUCACGGUGAGGCCGCCGUAUCACUGCAGCGCGCAUGGUACCCCGACCCGCAGAGUCUGCCUUUUGCGCGUCACAUUCAAACCCAUGCGCUGGUAUCGCUGGUCCAAAAGGGUCUACAGUACCACAAUUUGGAGUCAUCCAUUGACAAGGUACGUUCGCGCGACACUCGGUGUGACGCAGAAGGCCUUUUCAUCGGGGCCCUCCCGUCCAAGCACUCAUCUACGGAGAAUGAUCUAACUCCGGGUCUCCAGGAAGGAAACGUCAUCACAUCUAAACCAUCAGACUAUUUCUUCGGGCCUGAGCCUUUUGACGUAACAGACUUGCAAAAACGCGAUGAGCCCGAACUCGAGCCUCCCGUUGCGCCGGAGCCUCGCGACCGCGUGACGAAUGGUCAUCCGGUCGAGACCGGCCAAAAAACCGGCAAAGAUGUUAACAGCGAGGAAAUUAUGGAAGUUGACGACAAAACCGAAAGUAAAACCGGCUCCCCGAUCCCGGACCACCUGGAUGGCGACGGGGAUGUGAGCAUGGGGGCCGAAGAGGUGCCUCAGGAACCCAUCUUGACAACCGGCCCCAGCGUCGGCGUCCAGAUCUCCCCCGCCAAGGCCGCCGAUUUGGCGCCCGACACCGCCUUGCUCCAGACCGAUGAUCACGUGCUAUCCACAGCCUGGCACCCUCAGGACUCGAACCUGCUCGUGGCGGCCGGCGAUACCUUCUGCAGUUUGUGGAAACUCUCUAAGGCGUCAGAUCCGGUGCAGAACCGGUUCCUGGAUCUCAAAGGUAGUGGCGCCUACGUAUCAGCCAUCGCGUGGGACGCCAUCGGUGCUAAAUUGGCCGUGGCGUCCAUCCGUGACUUGAAAGGAACGGUCACCAUGUACAACCCUGAUGGCAACGUGGUGGACUUAUUGCCCGACCUUCCACGGGUGAUUAGUGGGUUGCAUUGGGCAGAGGAUAGUCCGCAGCUGGCCAUUGUCGCAUCGGACGAUCGAUCCUCGGAACUGGCCCUUUGGGACGACAAGCGCCGACCGGAUGUAUUCCCGCUACCCCAAGUCAUCGAUAGUCAUAUCUACGAUUUGGCGUGGUGUGGACGCAACCAAGUAUUUGCCUGUGGCAACGGAGCCGUCUAUCAAUGCGACGUUGACCAAGAUAUCCGCCUCGCCAAGACCUAUCUAUCCGCCAAUGCUGAGGCCGGCUGGACCUUCAUUCGCUGCAUUCAAACCGAAACUCAGUCAGUGGCAGUCACAGCCAGUCAUGAGAAAUUUGCAAUCUGGAUCCCCACACACGACAUCCUAAUUGAAAACGCACACCAAGACUUCAUCACGGCGAUUGACAUACGUCCGCAACCACAAGCACAAAAGGGGACCUCUACAGUCACGAUUGCCUCAUUUUCGACAGACGGCAGUGUCAAUGUGUGGCAGGUGGAUCUGGAAUUGAAGCAGUAUAAGCGUGUCCAUCAUUUACGCCUGGGCACCUCUCUCCCAGCUCUUGCUGGAGGCUUCUCCCCAGACGGAUACGCUCUGGGCGCAGUAAGCAACGACUGUCUUUUCAUUUGGAACGUAGACCGUGGUGGUGAGCCCGUAUCUACGUGGACCGCACCCGGCUCCGGGGAAAUCAAGGAGGAGUCCGAGCACUCGAACGGACAAAAUGGACACACAGCAACAGACCCCGAUUGCGCUUUAUCAUGGGACUUUGAUGGCAAGAAACUUGCGUACGGCUUUGGAAAUCAGGUGAGUUGCAUCGUGAAUGCCAAGAAGCCAAGACACCACACUAACCCGGAUCAGAUGGCUAUUGUGAACAUGCAGCGGUGA